UUAUUCUCAUCCCUCUCCACUGUACAAUAAACGAGGAGGGGCUUGGUGCCGUGGAGGAGGCAGGCUGGCUGGCUGGCUGGCAGGCAGGCUGUGCUGCUGACUCGAACGUGUCGCCUCGUCUGCAUCCAAGUCAGCUCGCAUGCUUCAACGGGCGACAGUCAUCAGGUGUGUUGGUCGGUGAGACCGUUGUAUUAACCACCAAGAUGGUGGCCCUGUCGUUGAAGAUUUGUGUGCGCCAGUGCAAUGUGGUGAAGACGAUGCAGUUUGAGCCGUCCACCCCAGUGUAUGACGCGUGCAGGAUAAUCCGAGAGAGAGUUCCAGAAGCCCAAACAGGACAAGCCUCAGAUUAUGGCCUGUUCCUGUCCGACGAUGAUCCCAGAAAGGGAAUCUGGCUGGAGUCUGGGAGAACCCUGGAUUACUACAUGCUGCGGAAUGGAGACAUCUUGGAGUAUAAGAAGAAACAGAGACCACAAAAGAUCAAAAUGCUAGAUGGUACAAUUAAAACCGUCAUGGUGGAUGACUCAAAAACCGUUGGUGAGCUGCUCGUCACCAUAUGCAGUCGAAUAGGAAUCACCAACUAUGAGGAGUACUCCGUCAUUCAAGAGGUGACAGAAGACAAGAAGGAGGACGGGAUGGGAACUCUGAGGAAAGACAGAACCCUUCUGUUACGAGACGAGAGGAAAAUGGAAAAGCUCAAAGCCAAACUCCAUACUGAUGAUGACUUGAACUGGUUGGAUCACAGCAGGACGUUCAGGGAGCAGGGAGUGGAGGAAAGUGAGACGCUGUUGCUCCGCCGCAAGUUCUUCUAUUCAGACCAGAACGUGGACUCACGGGACCCUGUCCAGCUAAACCUGCUCUAUGUUCAGGCUCGAGAUGACAUCAUAAAUGGAUCCCACCCCGUCUCCUUUGAUAAGGCCUGUGAGUUUGCAGGAAUCCAGGCUCAGAUCCAGUUCGGACCCCACGUGGAGCACAAGCACAAGCCUGGAUUCCUUGACCUGAAGGAGUUCCUACCUAAAGAGUACAUCAAGCAGAGAGGAGCCGAGAAGAAAAUAUUCCAAGAGCAUAAAAACUGCGGCGAGAUGACAGAGAUUGAGGGAAAAGUGAAGUAUGUCAAGCUUGCCAGGUCCCUGCAGACAUAUGGCGUUUCCUUCUUCCUAGUGAAGGAAAAGAUGAAAGGUAAAAAUAAACUGGUCCCACGGCUGCUGGGGAUAACCAAAGAGUCUGUGAUGCGAGUUGAUGAGAAGACGAAGGAUGUGGUGCAGGAAUGGCCUCUAACAACAGUCAAGAGAUGGGCAGCGUCGCCUAAGAGCUUCACUCUGGAUUUUGGAGAAUACCAAGAAAGUUACUACUCUGUCCAGACUACAGAAGGAGAGCAGAUAUCUCAACUCAUUGCUGGAUAUAUUGACAUUAUCCUAAAAAAGAAGCAGAGUAAGGAUCGUUUUGGCCUUGAGGGAGACGAGGAGUCCACCAUGUUGGAGGAGUCCGUUUCCCCGAAGAGAUCUACAAUCCUGCAGCAGCAGUUUAACCGGGUGGGCCGUGUGGAGCACGGCUCGGUAGCCCUUCCAGGAAUCAUUCGCUCAGGCUCCAUCGGCGGCCCCGAUACCUUCAACAUGGGUACCAUGCCCUCUGCCCAGCAGCAAAUCACCACAGGGCAGAUGCACAAAGGACACAUGCCUCCACUGAGUCUUGCUCAGCAGGCCCUAAUGGGAACUAUCAACAGCAGCAUGCAAGCUGUGCAGCAAGCCCAGGCCGACCUGGGACAUGUAGAUAAUUUACCACCGCUGGGCCACGAUUUGGCUUCCAGGGUUUGGGUUCAGAACAAAGUAGACGAAUCCAAACAUGAAAUCCACUCUCAGGUUGAUGCCAUCACUGCUGGGACGGCCUCGGUGGUCAAUCUCACGGCAGGUGAGCCGGCGGAGACUGACUACACGGCGGUGGGCUGCGCCAUCACCACCAUCUCCUCCAACCUCACUGAAAUGUCGAAAGGUGUCAAGCUGCUUGCAGCAUUAAUGGAUGAUGAGGUUGGAAGUGGACACAAGCUCAUGGGUGCUGCCAGGAUGCUGGCAGGAGCGGUUUCAGAUCUGCUCAGAUCCGUUGAGCCUGCCGCCGCCGAGCCCAGACAGACUGUGCUGACUGCAGCAGGAAGCAUUGGACAAGCCAGCGGGGACUUGCUCCGUCACAUGGGGGAGGGCGAGACGGAUGAGAAGUUCCAGGACACCCUGAUGAAUCUGGCCAAAGCGGUGGCCAAUGCAGCUGCGAUGUUGGUCCUGAAGGCCAAGAAUGUGGCCCAGGUGGCCGAGGACACCAUAUUGCAGAACCGAGUGAUCGCAGCUGCCACUCAGUGUGCCCUUUCCACCUCUCAGCUGGUCGCCUGCACAAAGGUGGUAAGUCCAACCAUCAGCUCCCCCGUGUGUCAGGAACAGCUUGUAGAGGCCGGUAAACUGGUGGACCGCUCUGUUGAGACCUGCGUCAAAGCCUGCCGCUCAGCCAGCGACGAUGGCGAACUGCUAAAACAAGUAGCAGCGGCAGCUGGCGUAGUGAGCCAGGCCCUCAGUGACCUACUGCAACAUGUCCGCCAUUACGCAAGCUGCGGAGAGCCCAUCGGCCGCUACGAUCAGGCCACAGACACAAUAAUGAACGUGACCGAAAAUAUUUUUACUUCCAUGGGCGAUGCUGGUGAGAUGGUACGGCAGGCCAGGGUGUUGGCUCAGGCCACCUCUGACUUGGUCAACGCCAUGCGGUCGGAUGCAGAGGCGGAGGUUGAUGUCGACAAUUCUAAGAAACUGCUGGCUGCAGCCAAACUCCUGGCUGAUGCCACCGCCCGAAUGGUGGAGGCUGCUAAGGGAGCAGCGGCUUACCCAGAGAAUGAGGACCAGCAGCAGCGGCUCAGGGAGGCAGCAGAGGGGCUCCGUGUUGCUACUAAUGCUGCAGCUCAGAACGCAAUAAAGAAGAAACUUGUCAACAGGCUGGAGAUAGCUGCUAAGCAGGCCGCAGCUGCUGCAACUCAGACCAUCGCAGCUGCCCAAAAUGCUGCUGUUUCCAACAAAAAUACAGCGUCGCACCAGCAGCUAGUGCAUAGCUGCAAGGCGGUAGCGGAUAGCAUUCCCCAGUUGGUGCAAGGAAUUAGGAGUAGCCAGGCCCAGCCUGAGGAGCUUGGCCCCCAGCUCGCCCUAAUCAUGGCCAGCCAGAACUUCUUACAGCCUGGAAGCAAGAUGGUGUCGUCAGCAAAGUCAGCAGUUCCUACGGUAGCUGACCAGGCUGCUGCUAUGCAACUGGGCCAGUGUGCCAAGAAUUUAGCAACCUGCUUGGCAGAGCUCAGAACUGCCACCCAGAAGGCCCAUGAAGCCUGUGGUCCUCUGGAAAUAGACUCUGCCCUCAAGACUGUGCAGACGCUUAAGUGUGAACUUCAGGAUGCCAAGAUAUCUGUGAUUGAUGGUCAACUGAAGCCUCUUCCUGGAGAAACACUGGAAAAGUGCGCUCAGGAUUUGGGAAGUACCUCUAAAGCCGUGGGCUCCUCAAUGGCUCAGCUGCUCACAUGUGCUGCACAGGGAAACGAACAUUAUACAGGUGUUGCUGCCAGAGAAACAGCACAAGCGUUGAGGACUUUGGCUCAAGCAGCCAGAGGAGUGGCGGCCUGUACCAAGGAGCCGCAGGCUGCAGCUGCAAUGCUGGACUCGGCGCAGUGCGUGAUGGAGGGCUCGGCCAUGCUGAUCCAUGAGGCCCAUCAGGCUCUGGUUCAUCCAGGAGAUGCUGAUAGUCAACAGAGACUGGCUCAGGUAGCUAAAGCAGUGUCGCACUCCCUGAAUAACUGUGUGAACUGCCUGCCAGGCCAAAAGGAUGUUGACAUGGCCCUCAGAAGCAUCGGCGAGGCCAGCAAGAAGCUCCUAGUGGACUUUCUCCCCCCCUGCAGUAAAUCGUUUCAGGAGGCCCAGACCGAUCUGAACCACACGGCCGCCGAGCUCAACCACUCUGCGGGCGAGGUCGUCCACUCCUCUCGUGGAACGAGCCGCCAGCUGGCUGCAGCCUCGGGGAAGUUCAGCCAAGACUUUGAUGAGUUCCUGGAUGCUGGCAUUGAGAUGGCAGGACACACCCAAAGCAAAGAAGACAAGAUCCAAGUCAUAGGUAACCUGAAGAACAUCUCCAUGGCGUCCAGUAAGCUGCUGCUGGCAGCCAAGUCUCUGUCUGUGGAUCCAGGUGCAGCCAAUGCAAAAAAUCUUCUAGCUGUAGCAGCAAGGGCAGUGACAGAGAGUAUUAACCAGCUGAUAACGCUCUGUACCCAGCAAGCGGCGGGACAAAAGGAGUGUGACAACGCCUUGAGGGAGCUGGAGGCUGUCAGAGGUCUCCUAGACAACCCCAAUGAGCCUGUGAACGAGCUCUCCUACUUUGACUGCAUUGAGAGCGUCAUGGAGAACUCCAAAGUUCUGGGGGAGUCGAUGGCAGGUAUCUCUCAGCACUGUAAGACAGGUGAUGUUCAAGCCUUCGGGGAAAGUGUGAGUCUGGCAUCCAAAGCUUUGUGUGGGCUGACGGAAGCGGCUGGACAGGCUUCCUACCUCGUGGGUGUUUCUGAUCCCAACAGCCAGUCAGGUCAUGAAGGGUUGGUGGAUCCAAUUCAGUUUGCUCGGGCUCACCAAGCCAUACAAACAGCUUGUCAGAAUUUAGUGGACCCAGCUAGCAGUCCGUCACAGGUGUUGUCGGCAGCAACAAUUGUAGCCAAACACACCUCAGCGCUGUGUAACGCCUGCCGCCUAGCUUCCUCCAAAACCUCCAACCCCGUGGCUAGGAGGCAGUUUGUCCAGUCCGCCAAAGAGGUUGCCAACACGACAGCCAACCUCGUCAAAACCAUCAAGGUCAACUCCCCAUCUGAUCAAAACGGUUUGGACGGGGAUUUCUCCGAGGAGAACCGGAACAGGUGUCGUCUCGCUACAACUCCCCUGCUUGAGGCUGUCGAGAACUUGGCAACGUUUGCCAACAACCCUGAGUUUGCAAGCGCCCCCGCUCAGAUCAGUAAUGAGGGCUCAGCAGCGCAGGAGCCAAUUGUUCGUUCAGCCCGCUCGAUGCUCGACAGCUCAACUUACCUUAUUGAAACGGCACGCUCACUGGUUCUCAACCCCAAAGAUCCCCCCAGCUGGUCCAUCCUAGCCGGCCACUCCAGGACAGUCUCCGACUCCAUCAAGAGCCUUAUCACCUCCAUUAGAGACAAGGCGCCGGGGCAGAGGGAGUGCGAUUAUUCUAUAGACAACAUAAAUAAAUGCAUUCGUGACAUUGAACAAGCCUCCCUGGCGGCAGUCGGACAGACGCUUCCGUGCAGAGAUGACAUUUCCAUGGAAGCUCUUCAAGAGCAGCUGACGUCUUCUGUGCAAGAGAUUGGUCACCUGAUUGAUCCCGUAUCCACAGCGGCACGAGGGGAAGCUGCUCAGCUUGGACAUAAGGUGACUCAGCUAGCCAGUUACUUUGAUCCACUUAUUGUAGCUUCGGUUGGACUGGCCUCAAAGCUACAAGACCAUCAACAGCAAAUGACCAUCCUGGACCAAACUAAGACCCUGUCGGAGUCUGCCCUGCAGAUGCUCUAUGCUGCCAAGGAAGGAGGAGGAAACCCAAAGGCCUCUCACACGCAUGACGCCAUUUCUGAGGCCGCACAGCUGAUGAAAGAAGCAGUGGACGACAUCAUGGUGACUCUGAACGAGGCGGCAAGUGAGGUCGGGAUGGUUGGAGGCAUGGUGGAGUCCAUCGCUGAGUCUAUGGGGAGGCUGGAUGAAGGAUCACCUCCUGAACCUGAAGGAUCCUUUGUGGAUUACCAGACCACCAUGGUGAAGUUCUCCAAAGCCAUCGCUAUAACUGCACAGGAGAUGAUGACCAAGUCCGUAACCUGCCCUGAAGAACUCUGCGGCCUCGCCUCUCAAGUGACCGUGGACUACGCUCAGCUUGCACACCAGGGACGCCUGGCUGCAGCCACUGCAGAACCUGAAGAAGUCGCUUUUCAGAUAAGGACACGGGUGCAAGAACUGGGUCAUGGCUGCAUCUACCUAGUCCAGAAAGCUGGAGCUCUGCAGCUCAGCCCCACUGACAGCUUCUCCAAGAGGGAGCUGAUCGAGUGUGCUCGAUCCGUCACAGAAAAGGUCUCCUUGGUAUUAUCAGCUCUGCAAGCGGGAAACAAAGGCACUCAGGCUUGCAUCACGGCCGCCAGCGCCGUUUCUGGAAUUAUUGCUGACCUGGACACCACCAUCAUGUUCGCCUCUGCUGGAACGCUGAACCCUGAGAAUGAGGAGUCUUUUGCAGACCACAGGGAAAGCAUCUUGAAGACAGCCAAGACUCUGGUGGAAGACACCAAGUUGCUGGUUGCCGGAGCUGCGUCCACCCAAGAGAAGUUGGCUCAGGCUGCCCACUCUUCAGCCAAAACUAUAACUCAGCUCACUGAGGUCGUCAAACUGGGAGCCACUAGCAUGGGCUCAGAGGACCCUGAAACACAGGUGGUUCUGAUAAAUGCUGUGCGGGAUGUGGCCAAGGCACUGGCCGAGCUCAUUGGUGCCACCAAGUGUGCCGCCGGGAAACCGCCUGAUGACCCCUCCAUGUAUCAACUGAAAGGUGCUGCUAAGGUCAUGGUGACCAAUGUGACGUCUCUUCUAAAAACAGUGAAGGCAGUAGAGGAUGAAGCCACUCGUGGGACAAGGGCACUGGAGGCCACUAUUGAGUACAUCAAGCAAGAACUGACAGUUUUCCAGUGCAAAGACGUCCCAGAGAAGUCCACCUCACCUGAGGAGUUCAUUCGCAUGACAAAGGGCAUCACCGUAGCAACCGCCAAGGCUGUGGCAGCAGGCAACUCCGCUCAGCAGGAGGAUGUCAUCGCCACCGCUAACCUUAGCCGCAAAGCCAUCUCUGAUAUGCUGACUACCUGCAAGCAAGCUGCACACCAUCCUGAAGUGGGAGAAGAGCUGAGGAGCAAAGCUUUGCAGUUCAGCUCUGAGUGCACCAACGGAUACGUCAAGCUUCUGGAGCAAGUCCUGCAGGUGUUGCAGAGGCCCACGCCGGAGCAGAAGCAGCAGCUGGCUGUGCACUCAAAACACGUGGCGGCGAGUGUUACAGAGCUCAUUCAGACAGCUGAGGCCAUGAAAGAUGGAGGAUCAGAAUGCGUGGACCCCGAGGACCCCAACGUCAUCGCUGAAAACGAGCUUUUCGGCGCCGCAGCAUCCAUUGAAGCUGCGGCCAAGAAACUGGAGCAGCUCAAGCCCAGGGCCAAGCCCAAGCAGGCAGAUGAGACGCUGGACUUUGAGGAGCAGAUCCUAGAAGCAGCCAAGUCCAUCGCUGCAGCCACCAGCGCUCUUGUCAAAUCAGCGUCCGCUGCUCAAAGAGAGCUGGUGGCGCAAGGAAAGGUGGGCUCCAAUCUGGCCAAUGCGGUUGACGAUGGCCAGUGGUCACAGGGACUCAUAUCAGCCGCACGAAUGGUCGCAGCCGCCACCAGUAACUUGUGCGAGGCAGCGAACGCCUCAGUACAGGGCCACGCCAGUGAAGAGAAGCUCAUCUCCUCAGCCAAGCAGGUGGCCGCCUCCACGGCUCAGCUCCUGGUGGCCUGCAAGGUGAAGGCAGAUCACGAUUCUGAAGCCAUGAGGAGACUUCAGGCUGCCGGCAAUGCCGUGAAGCGAGCUUCAGACAAUCUGGUUAAGGCAGCUCAGAAAGCAGCAUUCGACAAGGCGGAGGACGACAGCGUUGUGGUAAAGACCAAGUUUGUUGGAGGGAUUGCUCAGAUUAUUGCAGCCCAGGAGGAGAUGCUGAGGAAGGAGCGGGAGCUGGAGGAAGCCAGGAAGAAGCUGGCUCAGAUCCGGCAGCAGCAAUACAAGUUCCUUCCCACUGAACUGAGGGAAGACGAGGGCUGACUGACUGACUUUGAAGAUGUAUGCAGAUGUGCAGAUGGGACCCUCUCGCCAGUGAAAGGCUUUGCCGAUGUGCGAUUUUGGCUACUUCAUACUGGCAGAACAAAAGACUCUACAGCACUUGAAAUAGGCUUGUUUGCUGAGGAAAACAAGUGCCUGUGUUCUGUAAUGUAUUCGUAUGGGUGUGUGUUUACAUGUGUGUGAUGUGUGUGUGUCUGUUAGUGAAUGGUGCUGACAUUCAGACCUAGAUAUGAAGAAAGCUGAUAUUGUGAGCAAACUUAAA